CUCUAAACAUGGCGGCGGUCGGCAGUAACCGUGUGGAUCGCCUUAGCAACUCCAAUCAAAACAAAACUUCUCUAACGUCUCCGGAGAAAAUCCGAGAGCUUCUCAAUGAGGGGGUCUCGUCAGCGAGUACUGCUACCAACGGUGGUCAAGGGGAUUCAAAGGUCUCCGAUGUCAGGAGCAACACUCCAGCACCUUGUGAGGCAACCAACAAAGAGGCUUUCUUCAGCAGAGUGCAGUCCUACUCGUGUUUGAAAUGGGCCGGUAAGCCCCGUGCGCUCUCCCCUCUCAUGUGUGCCCGCUAUGGCUGGAUCAACAUCUCCCACGACAUGCUCAAGUGCUCCAGCUGCCAGGCAUUCCUGUGUGCAUCGCUCCAACUGACGUUAGACUUUGACAAAUAUGAAUCUCGCAUUGUGGAGCUAUCCAGACAGCUUCAGACCAAACAUGAGAAGUUUUGUCCCUGGCCAGACUUUCCUUGUCCAGAGCGGUUGUGGAUAGUGACAGCUGGGGAGCCAUCAGCACUUUUGACUGCUCUCAUAGAGCGUUAUCAGAGUGCAUUGAUGCUGGGGCAGCAGCUACCAUCCAUGAAGCCUGAGCUGCUAAAAUCAAUGUUUUUGACCGAGGAUGUUGUUAGUGCUAUCCUGCAGCUCAUAGAGGAAGAACAAAAACGAAAGGGAACCACAUGCACAGAACCGUUUGCAGUCCAAGUGGCUGCAUGCAUUGUUUCUCUCUGCGGCUGGGCUGCAUGCACGAGCACUCACACCACGAAGCUGCCCAUCCUCACCUGCUCGUACUGUAUGCGCAAAGUCGGCCUGUGGAAUUUCCAUCAAAUGGAGGACGUGGAAGGCGACGGUGAUACCUCGGGAAACACUGCAAGCUCCACCGCCUCUCCUCACUCGGCUGCCCCCACUCCCAUGCAGGAGGGCCAAGGGGACCAGUCGACUCCGCCCUCGCCCACGCCUCCUUCCACUCCGUGCCGCAUGAAGCUGAGGAGCCAGGACUCAUGUCGCUCUGACCAGGGUGAAGGCAUUCCCGUAGCUUUGAGAGCCCGAAGCAGAGACUCGCCAAGUCCUGUUGAAGAGCUCCCGAGUCCCUUGACGAGGGGCAAGAGGCCGGCAACACGUAGCCGAGGGCAAGGGGAGUGCGCCGGUGCCGAUGGAGCCUCCUGCCUUCCCCUGGCAUCUAAACGCCUGUGCCUCUCCUCAGCUGUUCUUGCUGUUUUCAGGAUGACCUCGUGCACAAGAAUGCAUUUGACCCACUGGCUCAGCACAGGGACUGGUGCCCCUGGCUGGCGGUCGGAAAGGAGAACAUGGAUCCUCAGGCCAAGCCCCUUUUCAGCGCGGGGCCAGCGCCCCAUCAGCAAGGCUGGAAGGCCGUCCUUGACCUCCUUGUGCCCGCAAAGAACACAGUGGCUGGCGAUCCAACACAAAGUCCACCUGAUCAAUCUAAAAGGGUGUUUGCUAUAUUCCAGCAGUGGCAGGUAUCUGCUUCAUCUAAGUAGAACGUUUCUGCACCACUAGAAUGACCAGUUGAGCAAGCGUAUCAAGUCAAAUCAACGUAUGCCAUCGCUCUGUGGAGGACAACAAACGAGCACGUAAAUGUUGGGAGGCAAGCGCUUCACAUCUAUGUCAGUAAUCCUCCAUGUCGAUGGUGUGGAAGACGAGAAAUCCCUGACAAUGAGAACGAGCCCACGAGGCUUGACACUGGAUAGGCAAAGUUUACCUUGAACAUAAUGUCGAAUCUUGAUGACAGUGUUAGAAUAUCACCUUGAAUAGUGUGAAGAUGUGUGCUGUGUGUGUGAGUGGUGAACUGAUUAUUGCAGGAAAAGAACCAUGUGCCAUCAGCGUUGAAACAUGUUAGCUUGAGACUGCCUUGGCUUUUUUUUUUUUUUUUUUCCUUCCCGUGACAUCCCAUCGCUUAUGUAGUCUUCACUACCCUGCAUGUGUUGUUUAAUAAAACGUUCUUCUGAAACAUUGUGAAAUAUUUCAAAUGUAAUAUAGUCUUUUUAAAAAUGUUGUGAUUUUGCUGUUAAUGUCUUCAAAAAAUAGACAUUAAAAUAGACAUUAAAUUAAACAGAGUAUACAGCAUGUUAAGACCAGGGGAAAAUUACAAGAUUUUGCACUGGUGGAUUAACUGCAUUAAGUCGAGCAUCAAAAUGUAAUAAGAAACAGGAGCAAGAGUCCCAAAAUUGUCACAGCAUUGAAAACUGAAACCUGCUGUUUAAGUUCACGGCCUUAAAGCCAAAAUCUGUCUUUCAUGUCACUUAUUGUCAGACAUUCACACUGUCAUGACCUUAAAAGGGAAGAAGCGAGCCAAGGGUUGCACACAGUCAUCACAUUUCUUGAAAUAUCAUUUUGUUUCUUCUUACUCCUUUUCCGACAUGCUGAAUGGUGUAAAUGUAAUCGUGAUGUGCCUGAAUGUAACUUGUUAAUCAUGUCCAAAACAAAUAAACCAUC